AUUAAAAACGUGGAAUGGCAGUCAUCUGAUAAUAAACGAAUUAGACGAGGAAAGGAGGUGAGAGCAAAGUUAAGAGUAUUACACGGAGAAACAAAUGAGAAUGGGCGGAGAUUUCGAAGAUUAACAUCUUCCAACGGUGACGAAUCACAAACUCACAAUAACUGGGGACACUAUUAAGUAUCAACUCCAUUUUCUUUCUCUCUCGAUUUUGCCUCCAUAUCUCCGCAUAAACUUCCAACCUCUUCUUUGCUGCUCGUUUCUUGCUCCGCCUGAUCCACAUCUGCUUUCCACUUCACUUCCUCCAUGGAGUCCUCCGCUUCGCUUCGAUCCUUCCACUAUUUUGCAGGUGGUUCACGUCUGCAGUUAAUUGAGAAACCAAGUAGAAUUUAUGUGUCUAGUACUAAUAAGACGAGCAUUCAAAGACUAUCAAUUUUUGGUAAGCCCAUACAUAAUCCAACAAGCCAGAAGAAGAUAGCGGUAUCAUGCACAAAGACGCCUGAAGUUACGGAAACUGGUAAGGAUAGCGCCAAAGGUUCACUACAGAAGAAACCUGCAUCAAAUGUAACUUUUCCCAAUGGAUUUGAAGAAUUGUUGCUGGAGGUCUGUGAUGAUACAGAGAUUGCUGAACUAAAACUAAAGGUUGGAGAGUUUGAAAUGCAUGUGAAGCGGAAUAUUGGAGUAGUAAGCGCUCCUCUCUCUGCCAUUUCUCCAACAGUACCUCCGCCAAUUCCAUCCAAACCCAUGGUUGAGUCGGCUCUUGCUGCACCAGCACCACCGAUACCUUCUCCAGAGAAAGCAAAUGCUUUUACCGAUGUUCCCUUUAAGAAGUCGUCAAAGCUAGCAGCUUUGGAGGCAUCUGGAGCAAAAGGAUACGUCUUGGUAACUUCUCCUACGGUUGGAUCAUUCCGAAGUGGCAGGACAGUAAAAGGACGGAGGAUGCCUCCUAUCUGCAAAGAGAAUGACUUAAUAAGGGAAGGACAAGUAGUUGCAUACGUGGAUCAGUUUGGCUCUCAACUUCCUGUAAAGUCAGAUGUAGCUGGAGAAGUAUUGAGGAUUCUCUUCAAGGAGGACGAGCCGGUUGGCUUUGGCGACCCCCUGAUUGCUGUUUUGCCGAUAUUCCAUGGAAUCAGGUGAAACCUUUCUUGAGGAUGGAGGUUUGCAAUUUCUGAUUCGGAUCAUUAUUUUUUUUAUCACCUGUCUCUCUACUAAAACGUGGUUAGACAACGGAGGGCUUCAUACGUACUUUGUGUAGGUUUUUUGAGUUUUGUUACAAUAAAAAGAUUUAAUCAACUUACCACUUAUACUUCUAAUCUGGAUUGGUUCCUUUUAUUUCUUUUUCCUUUUUCUCUUUCAUUAUAAUUAUUUGUGUGUGAUAGUAUGACAGGUUAAACUUUUA